AUUUCUUAGUUUUCGGAGAGUUGUUGUUGUUGGCCAACUUGUGCUGGCUUCAGACUUUGACUGCAACUAAAGGGAUGGCGUGGGCUGCUGCUCUCCGCGGCCUCACCGCCCUACACACAACGCGCAGAUUCGCCGCUGUCACUGCACGGACCACCCCAGCUGUCGGCGCACGGCUGCUGUCGACGUCACUCGCCGCACGCGCACGACCAUCCAGCCUCGUCCACUCCCCCCGCUGGACGAACAAGUCUUCCGACCGCGAACAUGACGGGGAGAACGAAGACGACCACGACGGCGACCACCCGUCCGACGACAAACGUGUCCCCGUAGACGGCCAGGAAGACGGCACACCACCCUCCGCUCCGUCCUCCUCUUCCUCCUCCGCUUCCUCUGCCCCAUCCUCCCCUGGCUCUCCUCCUGACUCUGACUCCCCCGGUUCCUCCGACCCUUCCGACCCCCCUCCACCCACCCAGCCCCCCUCCAACUCGUCCAUCGCGAAGCAGUCCGUCCCCGAAAUCUACCCCCAGGUCCUCGCCCUCCCCAUCGCCCGCCGCCCGCUCUUCCCCGGCUUCUACAAAGCCGUCGUCGUGCGCAACCCCGCCGUCGUCCGCGCCAUCAAGGACGCCAUGAAGCGCGGCCAGCCCUACCUCGGCGCCUUCCUCCUCAAGGACGAGCACACAGACGCGGACGUCAUCACCGACCUCGACGCCGUCCACCCCGUCGGCGUCUUCGCGCAAAUCACAUCGGUCUUUUCGGCAGGCUCGGGCUCCGCUGCGGGCUCCGCUUCUGGUUCUGGUAACGCGGCUUCCGGUGCCCCUGGUGCAGAGGAGGAGGAAGGCCUGACGGCUGUGUUGUACCCGCACAGGAGGAUUCGGAUUACGGAGCUCAUCAAGCCUGGCGGCGAAGGCCCGGCGAUGGCCAAGAUUGACGAGGCGAGUGAGCCUCAGACUGUCACGCCCCCGCCGACGCCUCCUCCGUCCGAGCCCGAGUCCAAAGUUCCGCCUGGUCCCCCGCAAACGUCCUUUUUGCACUCGCACGCCGUGAGCGUCGUGGCCGUCGAGAACCUGCCGACGGCGCCGUACAACAAGGACGACCAGUACAUCCGCGCGUUCAUGUCCGAGCUCGUGUCCGUGUUCAAGGACAUCGCGCAGCUGAACCCGCUCUUCCGCGACCAGAUCACCAACUUCUCGAUCCACCAGUCCGCCGCGAACGUGUUCGACGAGCCCGACAGGCUCGCGGACUUUGCCGCCGCGGUGUCGAGCGGCGGCGUGCAGGAGCUGCAGGAGGUGCUCGAGGCGACGCAGGUCGAGGAGCGGCUGCGCCGCGCGCUGCUUGUGCUCAAGAAGGAGCUGAUCAAUGCGCAGCUGCAGAGCAAGCUCGCGCGCGACGUGGACAGCAAGAUCGCGAAGCGGCAGCGCGAGUAUUACCUUAUGGAGCAGCUCAAGGGCAUCAAGCGCGAGCUCGGGAUGGAGACGGACGGGAAAGAUAGGCUGUUAGAGAAAUUCCGCGAGCGCGCGGCGGCGCUGAAGAUGCCCGAGGGCGUGCGCAAGGUGUUCGACGAGGAGCUGGGGAAGCUCGCGCAUCUGGAGCCGGCGGCGAGCGAGGCGAACGUGACGAGGAAUUAUCUGGACUGGCUCACGCAGAUCCCGUGGGGCACGCAUUCGCCGGAGAACUUUAGUCUGCGGCACGCGCAGGGUGUGCUCGAUGCGGACCACUAUGGGCUCAAGGACGUCAAGGAGCGCAUUCUCGAGUUUUUGGCGGUCGGCAAGCUGCGCGGCAGUGUGCAGGGCAAGAUCAUUCUGCUCUCGGGCCCGCCGGGCGUCGGCAAGACGUCUAUUGGCAAGUCGAUCGCGCGGGCGCUCGGGCGGCAGUUUUUCAGGUUCAGUGUGGGCGGGCUGACGGACGUGGCGGAGAUCAAGGGCCACCGGCGGACGUAUGUCGGUGCGCUGCCGGGCAAGAUUAUUCAGGCGCUCAAGCGCGUGGGCACGGAGAACCCGCUUGUGCUCAUUGACGAGGUGGAUAAGAUCGGGCGGGGGCAUAAUGGGGAUCCGGCGAGUGCGCUGCUGGAGAUGCUUGAUCCGGAGCAGAAUAGCGCGUUUUUGGAUCAUUAUAUGGACGUUCCCGUUGACCUCUCGCGCGUUUUGUUCGUCUGCACGGCUAACAACCUCGACACGAUUCCUGCGCCGCUUUUGGACCGGAUGGAGGUUCUCGAGGUGUCUGGAUACGUGUCAGAGGAGAAGGUGGCCAUCGCGCAGCGCUAUCUCGCGCCGCAGGCCAAGGAGGCGUCCGGUCUCAAGGACGCGGAUGUGGAGAUCGACAGGGAGGCGGUUGAUGUGCUUAUCAAGUGGUAUUGUCGCGAGAGCGGGGUGCGGGGGCUCAAGAAGCAGAUUGAGAAGAUUUACCGCAAGGCUGCGCUUAAGCUUGUUGAUGAUAUCGGCGAGGAGACGCUCCCUGAGCCGUCUGCGCCUGCGCACGCGGUGACUUCGGCGACUGCCAAGACUGAGGAGGGUGCUACGGGCACAGUCGAGAGCCAGGAGCCGCCCGCGAACGAGCCCAACGCCGCUCCGGAGUCUUCGACCUCGACUCCCUCUGAGACCGCGUCAGCCGAAUCAUCGACGUCCACGCCCUCGGAAGGUGCCGCAACGCAGGAAGAUGGGUCUAGCUCAGGCGAAAGCGGAGAAGAGGGCGAUCGCAAGGCGGUGACGACGCAGGAGCGCCAGCCGCUGAAGCUCCCGCCGGACGUGCACGUCCGCGUCACGCCCGAGACGCUCAAGGACUACGUCGGUCCGCCGCUGUAUUACCGCGACAGGAUGUACACGCGUGCGCCGCCGCCGGGUGUGUCUACUGGUCUUGGGUUCCUCGGGAAUGGGAGCGGGGCUGUUAUGCCUAUUGAGGCUACGGCGAUGCCCGGCAAAGGCAACCUGCAGCUGACGGGGAAGCUGGGCGAGGUGAUCCGGGAGAGCGCGCAGAUUGCGCUGUCGUGGGUGAAGGCGCACGGGUACGAGCUGGGGAUCACGAAGACGCGCGAGGAGGCGUUUAUCGGGGAGCGCGAUAUCCAUGUGCAUAUGCCCGAGGGGUCGAUUGGGAAGGAGGGCCCGAGCGCGGGGACGGCGCUGUUGAGCGCGUUUGUGAGUUUGUUUACGAGGACGCGGGUGCAUCCGGACAUUGCGAUGACGGGCGAGAUCUCGCUCGUGGGCCAGGUGCUCCCCGUCGGCGGGCUCAAGGAGAAGAUUCUGGCUGCGCACCGUGCGGGGAUCAAGACGCUGCUCGCGCCCGCUGCGAAUCGGGCGGAUAUAGAGGAGAAUGUGCCGGCGAGUGUGAAGGAGGGGAUCCGGUUCGUGUAUGUCGAGGAGGUGCGCGAGGUGCUCGAGGAGGUGUUUAAGGGCACUGAGCUGGCGGAGAGGAUCAAGGAGACGUUGAAGGAUUGAGUGUUGAUUGUCUCUCUGGCUCCGGCUCCGGCUCCGGCUCUGGCUCUGGCUCUGGUUGUGGGGAGGAAGUGAAGUGAGUAUCUUAUGCAAUGGAUUAUUUAGAAGGCGGGCUCGGGUGUCCGGCCUCGAGAAGGAGCGGCGGUGGUGGUAGAUGUUGCGGUGUCACUCUUGCUUUCGUACAGCACGCAUACUUAGGCAUUUCAUUCGGUCAGUUCUCAGCUAUAGAAUUCCUCGCACAGUACUUCCUUUUCUUUCUCUUUUCACAAAGCAAACGUUGUUAACGUAUCUCGCAUACAUCCUUUUCUCGUCCGCUCUCUAUUUCGUGCGUAGAGGAGGUUACUGUAUCAUAUAACUCGCACACGUAUUACUCACCAGCUCAGAUCAUUGCAUGUUUU